AUUGGGUGGAAUGUCAUAAUCCAAAUAUGGGUUCAAUUAUUUCCGUAUUCAAUCUCGCGUUGGUGACGGCAUGCGAACAUUUGAGAGAGUAAUCGGUGAACCAUUGGAACAAAACCUCUCAAAAUUUUGAAGCCUUCGAGGCUGCGAUUCCAUACGAAGAAUCCAUCGCCAACCUCCAACACUCCACGCUUUCUCACCUUCUCUUUGCGAUCAUCAUCCAAUUUUCAACUUCAUUUACGGUAUUUUUCAUCUUUCACCUCUGCUUAUCCAUCUCUUUCUCUCUGCAACCCUCUUCCCUUUUCGCUCCUGAUUAAACCCCCAAUUUCCCCGCUUCUUUCGAGUUCCCGGAAAAAUUCAAUUCAUUUUCUAGGGUUUUCAACCCACGAACUGGAACCCUUUAGUGGGUUAUGCUUCGCUUUUGAUUAUCUGGUUGUUGAUUGAGUCGUUUCUGGGAAUAGUUGAAGAUUUUAAGUCUGAAUUGAUUUUUGAGUCAUGGGUUUUGGUUGUUUUUGUGUUUUAUUUAAUGAGUACUGCGGAUUGCACUCGAGUAUGAGAUGAGAUGGCUGUUUAUGUUCUUUUUCUGUCUUCGCAUGUUCCUGUUCUACGGUAGAUUAAUGGGUUUGAGGGGUAUUUGUUUUGUUGCUGCUGAGUGACUGAUCUCUUCUAGUUAGAACUUUCAUUCGCUUGGUUGGAAAGAGGGUAUAGAGUUUGCAAAAUAAGUUCUGAUUGAACAUUCACUGUUUCACAUGGAUAAUGAGGUGAUUGAAUUUGAUAUUGGAUUGGGAGGAGGGAAUGGGAGGGAGGGAGAUGACUAUUCUAUGGGUAUUGUGCAUCAUUCCAUUGAGGAUGAGGAAAUGGUUGAUAGCCCUCCUCUCAGCAGUCUUGGUGGUGGCGCUGGUAGUGGUGAGAUAUAUCUUCCUGAGGGUGAUCUUUUGGAUCUUGAACCUUAUGAAGGAAUGGAAUUUGAGUCUGAAGAAGCUGCCAAGGCUUUCUAUAAUUCAUAUGCUCGACGUGUUGGGUUUAGUACUCGUGUCAGCUCCUCCCGGCGGUCUAGGCGCGAUGGAGCGAUUAUACAAAGGCAAUUUGUUUGUGCCAAAGAGGGUUUUAGGAAUAUGAAUGAGAAGCGAACUAAAGACAGAGAAAUUAAGCGUCCUCGAACCAUUACCAGAGUGGGUUGCAAAGCAUCCUUGUCUGUAAAGAUGCAUGACUCUGGGAAAUGGGUUGUCUCUGGAUUUGUUAGAGAGCAUAAUCAUGAGUUAGUUCCUCCUGACCAGGUGCACUGCUUGCGGUCUCAUAGGCAAAUAUCAGGUCCAGCAAAGACCUUAAUUGAUACUUUACAGGCUGCUGGGAUGGGUCCUCGUAGAAUUAUGUCAGCACUGAUAAAGGAGUAUGGAGGAAUCAGUAAAGUUGGAUUUACAGAGGUGGAUUGUCGAAAUUAUAUGAGAAAUAAUCGCCAAAGGAGCUUAGAAGGAGAUAUUCAACUGCUUUUAGAUUACCUGAGGCAAAUGCAUUCUGAAAAUCCUAACUUCUUCUAUGCUGUGCAGGGUGAGGAGGAUCAGUGUGUGGGAAAUGUCUUUUGGGCUGAUUCAAAAGCUCGGAUGAACUAUACUUACUUUGGUGAUACUGUUACAUUUGACACUACCUAUAGGUCAAACAGAUAUCGUCUGCCCUUUGCUCCCUUCACCGGGGUGAAUCACCAUGGCCAACCUGUGUUGUUUGGUUGUGCUUUUCUAAUAAAUGAAUCUGAAGCUUCAUUUAAUUGGCUAUUUAGAACGUGGCUUUUGGCAAUGUCUGGUCGCCCACCUGUGUCAAUUACUACUGAUCAUGAUGCAGUAAUACAGUCAGCCAUUACACAAGUUUUCCCUGAGACCCGUCACCGUUUCUGCAAAUGGCAUAUUUUCAAGAAAUGUCAGGAGAUGCUGUCUCAUGUGUUUCUUAAACACCCAGGCUUUGAAGCUGACUUCCACAAAUGUGUAAACUUGACCGACUCUAUCGAGGAAUUUGAGUCCUGCUGGCUGUCACUUGUUGAUAGAUAUGAUCUCAGGGAUCAUGAGUGGCUUCAGACAAUAUACUCUGCUCGGAGGCAGUGGGUUCCGGUGUAUUUGCGGGACACAUUUUUUGCUGAAAUGUCUAUUACACAGCGAAGUGAUAGCAUGAAUUCAUAUUUUGAUGGGUAUGUGAAUGCUUCGACCAAUUUGAGUCAGUUCUUUAAAUUGUAUGAAAAAGCUUUAGAGAGUCGGAAUGAGAAAGAAGUGAAAGCAGAUUAUGAUACAAUGAACACUUCCCCUGUUCUAAAGACUCCAUCUCCAAUGGAAAAGCAGGGUUCUGAGCUUUACACCAGAAAGCUGUUCUCAAGGUUCCAAGAGGAGCUAGUUGGCACGUUAACUUUUAUGGCAUCAAAAGUGGAUGAUGAUGGGGAAAUUAUAACCUAUCAAGUGGCCAAAUUUGGAGAGGAUCAUAAAGCUCACUAUGUGAAAUUUAAUGUUUUGGAGAUGAGAGCAAGUUGUAGUUGCCAGAUGUUUGAGUUCUCAGGUCUUCUGUGCAGACAUAUCUUGGCCGUCUUCAGAGUGACCAAUGUUCUUACACUUCCAUCUUAUUACAUAUUGAAAAGAUGGACAAGAAACGCAAAAAGCAAUGUGAUAUUGGAGGACCAUGUGAAUGAUAUCUAUAACAACUAUCUUGAAUCUCAUACUGUGAGAUACAAUACCCUGCGCCAUGAGGCUUUUAAAUUUAUAGAGGAAGGAGCAAAGACUGUGGAUAUGUAUAAUGUGGCCAAAGAUGCCCUUCAGGAGGCUGCUAAAAGGGUUGCUCAUUCGACAAGGAAUGAUGGCAAAAUUUCAACAAUCAAUGGCCGAAUUAAAGUGGACCCUGUAAAUGUCAGAAGCUAUACAAAUCACAGUAGUAGCCAGGAUCAUGACGUGAGCUUGAGUAAAAACAUGUCUGAGGAUGACUUGGACAAAAAAAUCAGUGAACUUACCAAUGAAUUGGCGUGUGCGAAUCGGAAGUGUGAAGUUUAUCGGUCUAACCUUUUUUCAGUGCUGAAAGACAUUGAGGACCACAAGUUGCAAUUAUCUAUUAAAGUGCAGAACAUAAAAAUUAGUAUGAAAGACAGCAUUUGAAGGUGUAGUAGAAGUAUAUAGUGAAUCUUGUCUCACCUCAAUACCAAAUACUGUGUAUUUUUAACCUAGGUGUCAUUGAGAAGUAUAUUAGUAAUGGAAUGGGGAUGUAAAUUUGUUUUUCGUCAAGUAUUCAAUGCUCCUACAUCUGUAUCAACAAUUAAGAGGAGCUGGAUGACCACGUUUCUAUUUUCACUGCAAGAUUUUUCUGGCCAUCCAAUGGGGUCCUUUUUGCAGGAUGAUACUCUCGCAGUGGUGCCAGAAACAUACAGUUGCCUUGUUAUUCUUCUUGUUCACCGAUUUGAGUCCCCAAAGUCUCAAAGAAAACCACACGGAGAGAAAAUAACUGGGUUUGAAGAUAGUGGCAAUGUUCAUUUUAUUGAUGGCUAACCUUUUCAGAUCAGGAUCCAUGUUCAGAUCAGCAUCUUUUUCUACAUCAAUUUCUGAGGUGAAAAAUGCUGAUAUAUAUAUAUAUAUUUUUUUCACUCCCCCCUCUUCCCCCUCUCCUUUACAGGCAUGAUUUGGCUAGGAAAUAAGGAAUGCCAGAUGCCCUUCAACUGAAUGUAUAGGAAAUUCUUUGUAGAUUUGGUGCUAAUUUUGCUAUGUUGAUGAAUUAGUAGUAGUCUAUUUAGAAAGAUGUAAUUGGCCAGCUGCUCAGUGGUAGCAAAGCUAGUAGUUUUAUACCAUUUUCAUUGAUCUUUUACAUUUCA